GCGGAGCGUGCGGCGUGUAUGAUGCAAACGGCAUGACCGAGAGUAGUAUCGGCUCGAAAAGCGUUAUCUACGCAUUAACAGUGAGUGGUGCUGCAGGACAAUGAUACCCGAGCGCGCGUUAUAACUGUGAAGCGCGAGCUUCCUUCCAGUUUCGCUCUAACGAUUAAGACCCGAGAGGUAUUUGCACAAAUACGUAUUGUCUGUACGCGCCAAGUUAGGGUGAAUGUAUAUACGCUUAACCGUAGAAACCUGAUAAAAUGAGUCUCGCAAUGAUUCAGAGGCUCGUGAUAUCGGGCUGCCGAGGUGUUAGAAUUGACAUUGACCGCACGGUCGCGCCGUGUCUGAGCGCCCUGCUUGGACGGACGGCGGCGACGUGGACGACGUUCCCUCGCGCAGUGCCCAGGCGACCUCUUCACGACUCCGCGAUCCGCUCGGAGAGAGUCAACCCGCGGGAGAACGGAUGCGGCGUCGCGGACGAUAUAUCCGCGUUUCAGCUAAAGAAGCGACCGUCCAGGAGAAGCAGGUCCGUGAUAAGCGACAGGAUUUCACAGUCUGACGGAUGGACCGUGAAAGCCCUGACCACCGCCGAGGAGUACAACUUGGAAGCUUUGGCUUACGGCCUCUUGGACCAGCAGUUGUACGUUCCCAGCAAAAUAUCCACGUCGGCUAAUCGCCGAAUAAAUCCUGAGUUUGCUAAGUGAUAAGAUAAGUUUGGUAUCUGUAUUUGCACAUCUCACAAAGAGAUACCAA